AUGGCGCGGCCGAUGCAGCUGGCGCCCGCUUCCCUGGCGUUGGUGCUGAGCCCCCGGGAGGCCGGGCAGGCGGCGGGGGAGCCGGGCGGCCGCGCGCUCUUCCGUGCCUUCCGCCGCGCCAACGCGUGCUGCUUCUGGAACGCCCGGCUGGCGCGCGCCGCCUCGCGGCUGGCCUUUCUCGGCUGGCUGCGGCGCGGGGUGCUGCUGGUGCGCGCGCCCCAGCCCUGUGUGCGGGUGCUGCGGGACGCGUGGCGUCGCCGAGCCCUGAGGCCGCCCCGAGGCUUCCGCAUCACCGCGGUGGGUGAUGUCUUCCCAGUGCAAAUGAGUCCCAUAGCCCAGAGCCGGUUUGUGCCCUUGGCUGAAGUUCUUUGCUGUGCUAUAGCUGAUAUGAACGCCGUUCGGGUGGCCGUAACACAGGAAUCCCUCUUGGAGCACUUGACAGAACAUUACCCAGGCAUUGCUAUUCCCUCCCUGGACAUUCUCUACAGCACACUGGGGGCUUUAAUUCAACAGAGGAAGAUUUACCACACCGGAGAGGGCUACUUCAUAGUUACCCCAAGCACAUACUUCAUCACAAAUGGGCCCGUGCAAGGAAAUAAGAGAACCUUCCUGUCAGUCGAAGGGUGCUCGGGGCCCACUUCCGGGACCUAUCUAGUGAGCAUGGAUUGCUGUGCAGAGCCGACCCAGGAGAACGAGUCUCCUGUUUCCCACUGUCCUUCAUGUCAGUGCUACCCUGAUACAAGCACGCGCGACUCUAAGGACCUACUGACCGCUGCAGAGGUGACUAGAAAAUACCAGGAAGGUCUUGAGAAGCCCACAGCUUUGAGCAAGAAUCAGGUAGCUUCAGCACCUGAAGACACCCACGUCGGUGUGAGCCCCAAACCACCACCAUGUACGAAAGACAAGGGCAAAAGAUUCGGUUUCGGUUUCCUGUGGCGCAGCUUAUCGAGAAAAGAGAAGUCCAAAGUGGAGCGUCAUAGUUUCUCCGCACAGUUCCCACCCGAGGAGUGGCCCGUCCGAGACGAGGACAGCUCCACCAACAUCCCGCGGGAUGUGGAACACGCAAUCAUCAAAAGGAUUAACCCCGUACUGACUGUUGACAACUUAUCCAAGCACACUGCCCUAAUGCAAAAAUAUGAAGAACAAAAAAAAUACAACAACCAGGGCACGUCAACGGAUAUACGGAUAUCCAGGCAUAAAUAUUCCUCUAAAGAGGCGAUCCGGAAAAGGCGGGGCCGGUUUGCCACGCCCCGCAGGCGGAGCUGUUCUCAUAGGGGUAGACACAAAUCAUGCAGCCAGGCAAGUGAGCUUGAGCGGGGAGGCCCCGGACCAGAACAGGAAAAGAGCCCCGAGGUCCCUGCAGCCCAGCCUGCCUGCAGCGAACGAGAGAACUUGCACGGCAGGAAUCCAGCUGUGCUAGGCUCCCACUUGAUUUAUAAAAAGCAGAUCAAUAAUCCGUUCCAGGGCAUGCAUCUCCGAGGGCACCCUGUAUCCAAAGGGUUCGUCCUUCAGAAGACCCAUGGUCUGAAACCUAGUUGCAUCGGGCCGGAGGAAAAGCCUUUCUCGAGGACAGGCACUUCAGAUCCUUCCGGAGUCUUGGAGGGUGAAGGCCGACCACCGUGUCCCCAACAAAGCCGAGAUAAACUGGAAGCAGAAACCACGCCCGUGGCGAAGGCUCCUGGCCAUCCAGUCAGCGACGAUUUCAGAGGUGGCCCAGGAAAUUAUCCUCCAUGUAGAGUUUUGCCAAGCCACCUGCGGUGUUAUUCCUUUAGGGAAAGUAUGCUGCGAGCUGGUGUGUUUCACGAGGGAAACAAGGUCCUCCCUGAAGUCUUGAGGAAAAGCUGGUCCGACUAUGAUAUGUUCUUGGGAUCCAAAGAAAAGCAGCAGGUCCUGCCCACACGACGUUGCUCUUUAGACUCAGACUCCUCUGUGUAUGCAGAGGAUGAGACAGUGGGUAAGACACUACACCAAUUCCAAAACCUCGGCCUCUUAGAUGGCCCAGUUGCUGCCAACCGUUUGAGGACUCAUGAAAGACAAGAUGGCGACUCAGAAGAACUAAGUAGGAAGGGAUUUCAAAUCCCAGAGGCUGAGAUUGUGAAUAUGGAAAAUGAGGGGCUUUCAGACAGUGAGCUGCACGAGGUGACUUUGUAUGACCCCGGGGCCGGGGCUGACGGGGGCUGCAGUUCUCUGUGUUUAGAGGACGAUGACUUCUCUGAGACAGAUGAUUUCUGUCACACGCUGCCAGGACACACUCAGUACUCCUGUGCAGGUGGAGGCACGUGGAAUCAUUUGGGAAGUCCAGCCAUGACAGGGCGAUCUCUGACUGGCUUUAAUAGCAAAAGUGAAAGGCUUGAGCCUCCGGGCAUUGGAAGGAAUCACUGGUACAAGGCCACAGGGUUGUUUUCAAAUGCAGGGGAAAGCCCAAACCCUGACAACCCUGGCCUAAAUUCAGGGACCCCAUGGGGUUUCAACUACGAAGGAGAGCUCACUGUUGCCCAUGUCCAGAGCCCAGCAGCUGCUGCCGGCGGAAGUUUACUUGAGUGUUCUACUGUAAGGAAAACCAGUUUCCCAGUUGAGAUCCUGCAAGAUUCUCCUGGUGAUAGGGGAAAGAAUCCAAUUGUCUGGAGACCGAGCCUUCCAAGUCAGGAAAUGAAAGAGCAUUUCACAGACAAGUUACAACUUGUCAAGGCCUCGCACGGGUCAGUGUUGGCUCCGGAGCCACAGCGAGAACACAGUCACCUAGAAGGGACGGAGAAUCACAGCAUGACGGGAGACAGCGGGAUCGAUUCCCCCAGGACACAGAGCCUGGUGUCUUCUAAUUCAGCCAUUUUGGAUAGAUUUAAAAGAAGACAGAAUUUUCUGCAGAACCAUGAAGCCAUUCAGAAGAGUCAAAAUCUUGCAUCAAAUUCCUUGUUUCAACUCUUCCCAGUUAUAAAUGUCUAACUUAAAUUUUUUUUUUCUUGAGAUGUGGUCUUACACUGUAGUUCAGGCUGGCCUGUAACUCAACAGCAAUCCCCUGCCUUUGCCUCUGGAGUGCUAGGAUUAAAAGAGCGUAAGCCACCAUGUCAGGAUUAAAUUUUUAACUGAUUUUGGAGAACUCUUUUGAAAACUGGAUAUGAGGGUGUCCUUGGAAGCCGUACAUAUAUGCUAUUAUUAACCUCAUCGUGUUAUAUUCUAAUUACUCUUUCCCUUUUACCAUUUUAAAGCAAUUUCUAAUGCCUUUUGCUAGAAACUUGUAAUUUCCAAUUUAAAAAACAAAAAACAAAACAACAAACCAAACAAAACAAAAAAACCAUGAGAGCUGGAGAGAUGGCUCAGUGCCUGUCCUUCCAAAGGUCCCAAGUUCAAUCCCAAGCAACCAUGUGACUUUCAACCAUCAAUAAUGGGAUCUGAUGCCCUUUCUUCUGGGUAGAUAGAACACCCAUGUACAUAAAAUAAAAAAAAAUAUUAACGCACACACGCACACACAAAAAACAUGAAAUUGUUGCUCCUUUUCUAAUUGUCACUAACUUUAAUUUCCCUUGAUCAGUUUCUCCAAUGCACAUAAAUGCUGAUUUCCUACCCACCAGAUAGUCUCAUUAACCACAGGAAUGUGGAGUUCUCAAGUUAAGGCUUCCUCACAAAACCCAGAGAACAAGCAAGCAUGUGUUUUAAGGGCUGGAUAGAUACUUGGAAAUUAAAGGAUUGUCAGAAUGAAUUGCUAGGCUGUGUUUCCAAAAGAACCCUCCCUUGGGUGGUCGGAGUCCAGCAUCUUUUUCAACCAACCCUGGGCAUAAAUAAAUGGCUCCAAAUUGGGUUGACCAAGGAUGUCCGGAACUCCAGUGGUCGUAAACUUGUGGUUCCUCCUUGCAUCCAAGUUCUCUACAGUAGCACAGGGACCUUGGGUGCAGUGACUAUAAACAGCCGCCAUCUUGGAAAUGUCUGGAGCCUGUUGCUUGUAAUGUGUUGCAGCAUUCAAGACAGUUCUCUGUGAAACGGCUAGCUAUUUUCAGUAACCAGUUCUCUUAACUCUUGGCCCAGCCCUCCUCCCAGUUUCCAGCCUAGCAGCCCCUUCAAAGGUUUCCUCCCAACCCUUCCUCCCUCAGUUCCCCAACUGUCUGCUUAAACUGUCCUUUCUCCCAGUUUCCCCAAUCCUAGAAGCUCCAAACUGUAACGACUGUUCUAACCUGUCUGCUCAGUAUAGUUUCUCCAGGCUCAACUGUCUCCUAACGGUAUCUUCUACACCAAUUGCCUUGUCUCACUCUGCUAACCCAAUUCACUUCUUCAGCCUCUGCUGGCUUUUUAUAACCUAUCCUGGUUCCAGAAAUCCAAGAGGCAACCAACACUGAAGUCCAUAGGGUCAAGAAGUUCUAACAGCUAAGCAUUCUUAAAGGGCCAGCUGUCUAGCAACCUGUGAUCCUUUUUUAUUUUUUAAAGGACCAAGCACAAAAAUAA